ACGGCGGAAGCCGCCGCUCCCUUCCGGCGAAGCAGUUUUGGCGCGCGAGCCGGGCAGGGCCGCGCCCGCCAUGUCCCGCCCGGAGCCGCCGCCCGCCGAGCCCGGCGCCGCCAUCGAGCGGCUCUGCCAGGAGCUCAACCUGGACGCGGCCAGCGCCGCCGAGGCCCUGCGCGACUUCACGGCGCUGCGGGGCACCUACAGCCUGGAGGGUGAGCCGCUGCACUGGCUGGCCUGUGCCCUCUACGUCGCCUGCCGCAAGAGCCGGGUGCCCACCGUGGGCAGCGGCCUGAUGGAAGGGAACGCCGUGUCGCUGACCAGGAUCCUGCGCUCCGCCAGGCUCAGUCUAAUUCAGUUUUUUAGCAAAAUGAAGAAGUGGAUGGACAUGUCAAAUCUACCACAGGAAUUCCGAGAGCGAGUGGAGAGGCUGGAGAGGAAUUUUGAAGUGUCAACUGUGAUUUUCAAAAAAUUUGAACCAAUAUUUUUGGAUGUAUUUCAAAACCCUUACGAAGAAACUUCAAAACCACAGCGAAGCAGGAAACAGAGGCGGAUGCCCUGCAAUGUUAAAGAUCUCUUCAACUUCUGCUGGACUCUCUUUGUGUACACCAAGGGUAAUUUCCGUAUGAUUGGAGAUGAUUUAGUAAAUUCCUAUCAUUUGCUUCUGUGCUGCUUGGACCUGAUUUUUGCAAAUGCCCUAUUGUGUCCAAAUAGAAGAGAUUUGCUAAAUCCAUCAUUCAAAGGUUUACCAGCGGGCUUCCGGAUGACAGAGAUCAAAGCCUCUGAAGAUCCUCCUUGCAUCAUUGCCACACUCUGUGAGCUGCAUGAUGGGCUUUUAGUAGAAGCAAAAGGAAUAAAGGAACACUACUUUAAGCCAUACAUUUCAAAACUGUUUGAUAGGAAGAUUUUAAAAGGAGAAUGUCUGUUGGAUCUUUACAAUUUCACUGAAAAUAGCAAAGCCCUGAAUAAAGAGUAUGAGGAGUAUGUUCUGACAGUGGGUGACUUCGACGAGAGGGUUUUCCUCGGCGCUGAUGCUGAAGAAGAAAUUGGCACGCCUCGAAAAUUCCCUGUAGAUAUACCAGUAGGGAAAACAGCAGCAAGAGCUCAUGUGGAGAGUCAUCUCCAGCAGCAUUUUGAAAAGAAAAGGUCAUUUGCCCCUUCAACUCCCCUGACUGGAAGAAGAUACCUACGAGAAAAGGAAGCUGUCAUCACCCCUGUUGCUUCAGCAACACAAAGUGUGAGCCGGUUGCAGAGCAUUGUGGCUGGAUUGAAAAAUGCACCGAGUGAACAACUCAUAGCUAUUUUUGAGUCUUGUGCACGCAGCCCUAUGGAAAGCAUUAUGAGCAGAGUGAAAGAAAUAGGUGAGAAGUUCUGCUGCAGCUACACUCAGUCAACAGAUGAACAGCCAGGAUCACAUAUAGAUUUUGCUGUAAACAGAUUAAUGCUGGCAGAGAUCUUAUACUAUAAAAUCUUGGAGACUAUAAUGGUGCAAGAAAUACGAAGACUGCAUGGGAAAGAUUUGACUGCUCUCUUGGAACAAGAUGUCUUUCACCGCUCUCUCAUGGCAUGCUGCUUGGAGAUUGUGCUUUUCGCAUAUAGCUCACCUCGGACCUUCCCCUGGAUCAUUGAAGUUCUUGACCUCAGGCCAUUCUAUUUCUAUAAGGUAAUUGAAGUUCUGAUUCGGUCUGAGGAAGGACUUUCCAGGGACAUGGUGAAGCACCUCAACAGCAUUGAGGAACAAAUUCUUGAGAGCCUUGCCUGGACUCAGGACUCAGCGCUCUGGGAUGCCCUCCAGGCAUCAGAUAACAAGGUCCCAACCUGUGAAGAAGUAAUAUUUCCCAGUAAUUUUGAAGCAAGUAAUGGAGGAAGCGGAUUUGGGCAUUUGCCUAUGAUGCCAGUAUCUCCUAUAAUUCAUCCCCGGGUAAAAGAGGUUCGGACAGAUCUUGGUGGGAGUCUAAGACGGGACAUGCAGCCAUUGUCCCCAAUAUCUGUUCAUGAGCGCUACAGUUCUCCCAUGGCUGGAAGUGCAAAAAGAAGGCUCUUUGGAGAUGACACCCCCAAAGAAAUGCAGAUGGAAAAAGUUUUAACUGAAGGAACUAAGUUGACAAUUGCUCCAGCAUCAAGCAUUGCUGCUGAAAAUGUGUCAGCUUCUCCUGGCCAAACAGUGCUGACUAUGACCACAGCUACAGUCCCAGGAAAAACAGGACAGAAGAUCACCAUCCCACUGCACGGUAUUGCAAAUGAAAUGGGUGGGAUCACAUUGAUACCCAUUUUGAUGAAUUUAGGUCAGCCAUGUAAGACAGAGGCACAAGCUCCCUGCCACCCUCAGGGGAACCAAGCACAUGAAGUGCAUCCAUCAUCAGGAAACAAACCAAAGAGAACGGGAUCCUUGGCACUGUUCUACAGAAAGGUUUAUCAUCUGGCAAGUGUGCGCUUGCGUGACCUGUGCUUAAAACUGGAUGUUUCCAAUGACCUGCGCAGGAAGAUAUGGACGUGCUUUGAAUUCACAUUGGUCCACUGUGCUGAUCUCAUGAAGGACAGACAUUUGGACCAGCUCCUCCUCUGUGCCUUUUACAUCAUGGCAAAGGUAACCAAAGAGGAACGAACGUUUCAGGACAUCAUGAAAAGUUACAGAAAUCAGCCCCAAGCAAACAGCCAUGUUUAUAGGAGUGUCUUGUUGAGAAAUAUUUCUGCUGAUGGCCCGUUGGAGAAAAAUACAAACCAAGAUGUGGAGAUGACAGAAGACUUGUCUGUGAAAACUGGCAGUUCCUUGGGACGAUCUGCAGAAGAGAGCUCCAGUGAGUCGGGAACAGAGGAGAGAGGAGAUCUCAUUAAGUUUUACAAUGCAGUCUAUGUAGAAAGAGUGAAAUCAUUUGCCCUGAAGUACGAUAUCACAAACCAGGACCAUGUAAUGGAAGCGCCUCCUUUGUCUCCAUUCCCCAGCAUCAGGCAGCAGACAGUGUCUCCUCGCCGCAUCUCUCAGCAGCAUGCAGUUUAUGUUUCACCCCACAAGAACGGCGCCUGCUUGACACCUCGAUCUGCACUCCUUUAUAAAUUUAGUGGGAGCCCUUCCAAGAGUUUGAAGGACAUCAACAAUAUGAUAAAACAAGGUGAACACAGGAGUAAGAAGCGAGCAAUAACGAUUGACAGUGACACUGAAUCUCCUACGAAGCGACUCUGCCAGGAGAACGAUGAUGUUCUACUCAAACGUCUCCAAGAUGUUGUCAGUGAAAGAGCAAAUCACUAAACCUGGUUUUCUGCAGGAUCUAAAAGCUAUGGAGUCAGAUACAGCUGUCAUGCUAUUUACUUCUUGCUUUUGUAUACAGACAACUGCCAAGUUUCUUUAACUUUGCACUUGUACCGGACUUCCACAGGAUGCAAAAAGCAAGGGUUAAGUAGUGAAUGCCAGAGAAUGGCAGAUGAUGGUGAUCUUCAUCCCAAAGGGCAGCUGUGCUCCAGGUUAUUCUGACCUGUUUUAGCAGAAGAGUGAGGUGUAGAAAGCCAUACUGGGAUGUUCUCAAGCCUAGUUGUGGAGUUUUGUGAGUUCUGAGUGUAACUCAGCUUCUAGGAAUACCAUUUUGAUUUAGUUUUUUUUUUAAGUAAGAAUGAUGAGGAAGCGAGUGUUAAGUUUCCUCAAGCUUUUGGUAUUUGAGGAAGAAACUUUGAAAGUGCCUUAUUUUUAAAUAAUGUAGAAUUUUAUGCAUUAUUCUACUCUGGAGUAACUGGAGUGGAGAAAAAUUCGUCACUUAGCCUCAGGAAGAGCUGAGCAGUUUUGAACUGAUGCAUGAUUUGUGCUGUGCUCUAUCUCCUGCCACGACUUCAGCAGAAGUGUAUGUUGUGACAUGGAUGGGACAGCUUCUGCAGUAACAAAGGCAGGAAUUAGUACAAGUAGCAGUGACUUAGAUUGGACACUGCCAUCUGGUAAACCACCGUGAUAUGGUUCAGUUAGUCUGAAUUGCCUUUCUCUGGAGCCAGGGAAGGCUGCCAUGGAGCUGCUCUUUUCCUGUUGGAAGCCUAGGAGCAGCCUUGCCGUAGAAGCUGUUCGUGUGUAUUGCAGCUUCCUGUGAACCUGUCCAAAUGCACAAAUUCAUCUAACAAGUUGUCUCUUCAUUUUACUUUUUCCUGAAGAUUGUAGCCUCUUGUGUAGUAUCUACACUGAAUGUAAGCCCAUAAGAUAAGGCAGGUUUGUAUAUACUUGGGGGUGGGGGUUUUAUAGCUAUUGAAGGCUUUGAUUCAUUGGAAAUGCCAGCAUCUAAUUCUUACAACUAAGUUUUUUUUAUGCUGAGGAAUUUGGUAGGGUUUGUUUAACCAAAAUGGAGAAAAGGCAAGGUUUAUCCAUUACUGCGCAUCAGUACCUUGAUCUUAUUUCAUAAUUGCAUUUAAGAUUAGAGCCAUGGAGAGAGUUCUCCGCGCUGUAUUUUUCAGUUUGUGUAUAUUGAACAUCAACUGUUCAAUAUUUUCUGUGAAGAAAAAAUGAACGAUUACAUAGGACUUGUUUAAAGAGCUCUGUUCACUUCACUGCUUGGUUGGUUUAGUAUGUGCUGCAUGGUCUGCUGGACCACAGCUCCAGGGAAGGAUGCUGCCAUGAUUUCAAGCAGAUUCAGCUACUGAAUCUGGCCAGCAACGAUGGAGGAAAAAUGUACUUAAAGGUGUACGUGUGCAGGGAUCCUACUCAGCAGUGAGCAGGAAGCUCACAAACUCUGUAACUUGUUCUUGAAUUAUUAACUACUUAAUCUUUCUUUAAACUAUCAGAAAAGGUGCUUAUUUCUAAUAGGUUUGACUGCAGAGAGCUGCAGUACGAGGAGAUGGCCACUCAGUGGACAAGGUUUCAUGUAGAUUGGUCUGUUCAGUUCCUUUUACUCAAUUUUUAGUAUUUGUCUUCAGAUCUUGAGAUAAAAAGUACAAAAGACACAACCUUUCUGUCUUGAUCUGCUCCUCAGUGCUGUUCAGUGGAUACAGCUAGGUCCCUAAACUCCUCCUCUGUGGUGGGGGAGGUGAGGAAUUGAUUCAGCUUUGGGCAGUGAAGUGUUUCUAUGUUAGAGAGAGGAAUGUGCUACAACUGGAUGCAGUCCAGAUUUUCUUUCCACCUUUUUAGGUGUUAGAAAACCUCUUUUUGGACCUGUUGGACAGCUCAACCAAUAGCUUAGGCAGAAAUCUUGUAACGGUUUCAAAGUGCCUUCACAUCUAAAUACGUAUUUUAUAAUAAACAAUUAAAAAGCAUUUUAACCUGU